AUGGGCCUCGAGACAUGGGUGUUUAGCAACGAGCCCUGUCGGUUGGAGUCCACUAUCAACACCACAGAGUUCUUGGAAGAAUUCCCUCUGAUCUUUCAAAACAAUGCGCACCCCAAUGCAGCUUUUACCUUUGGUGGAGCGGCCAUUCCACUCAUUGCAAUCCUACCAGUGGAAGCCGACUCGGCGACCAGGGGCCAACCAUCGGAUGAUGGAACCUCCAUACGAGUGCAGCACUCAUUGGACCAAUCGGGGCAGCAGCAAGACCUCUUAUCUCUGGAGGUCCUACUAUUACCAGACGACGGCGACCAAGUGGUCUUUCCAGACUGCAGUUUGUUUAUUGACGACUUGCAGUGUUGUUGCGAAGCGUGCGAUCCAAUAAAUAGUUUGGAUCGUAGCUGUGCUUGUGCGGGAUCGUCGUCGUCCCAUUGUCAAACUUUCUGCGCCAAUGAUUUCAAAUAA